AUGUCAUCAGAUGUUCGCAAGGAUGCCACGCCAUACGGAAGAACUCUCAAGGUAUUCAGUCUUUCUAGCUUCGUUCGAGUAAACCCACUUCCAGCAGUACUCUGUCGACGAGAAACUGGCGAUCAUCUCACACGCCAAGGAUCAUGGGAAUAGGGCCGCCGGUCGAGAGUUCAACGUGGCAGAGAGCAGCAUUCGAGAGUGGCGCAAAAAUGAAUUGAAACUUCGGUGAGCUUGAAUAAGAAUCUGCAAUAUCCGACCUACUGAUUACAGUAACAGCAAGAACAACAUCGGAUUGUCGGCAGGCAACAAUAAUAAUCAUAGCAAAAUCGUCAAUCUUCCGCAACAAAUUUUGGUUAACGAGAACACUAAUGCGAUCUUGAGAGUGAGUUUUGGUGCUUAGGGAAUAAAUUACUGCUCUUGAGUUUGAGCUUUUAUUCUAAGCCAUACCAAUUUAAGGAUUAACCACAAGUUUUUGAAUUUUGAAUCCGGAAGCUCUAUAUCAAAAGCGAUCCGAACAACAGAUUAGAUGGUCUCGACUUGCUUUUUAAAGCCUCUAGGGAAAAUUAUUUACGAAUCAAAGAUCAAAACAUACUCACAGCCAUUGGAAACUUUUAAAACUUACAUAAUUUCUCGUAAUUCCAGGCUCACAUGACUCAAUACGCCUCCAUGAUCGAUAUCGAAAGUUUAAAUCGAGCAGCUAAACUUAUUGACAUUCAAAGAACCCUGAGCCAGAUGCAACCAGAGUCUGCUCCGAGCUCCGUCGGAACUCCCAGUUCCAGUUCAUCCGCUUCCACUCCGCCUCCACCUUCCGUGUCCCCAACUCCAACUCCACCAGCUUCAGCUUCAGGCGCCGGACGUCGAAAGCCAAAGUGUCCUCAGAAGAUUGAGCAGUCUUCAGCGAAAUCGGAAAAUGUGGUGGAGUAA